AGAGAUGGAAGAGGAAGAACGAGAGAGGGAGAAAGGGAGACAGAAAGAGAUUGAAAGAGAGAAUGAAGAACUAUUUGAACAGAAGCAAAAAGAGAUGGAAGAGGAAGAACGAGAGAGGGAGAAAGAGAGACAGAGAGAGAUCAAAGGAAAGAGAAUGGAGAAGAGACAGAAAAACAUGGAAAGAGAAGUGAGACAGAAAGAGAUUGAAAGAGAGAAUGAUGAAGAAAUAUGUAAACAGAAGCAAAACGAGAUGAAAGAGGAAGUACAAGAGAAGGAGAAAGAGAGACAGAGAGAGAUCAAAAGAAAGAUAAUGGAAAAGAGACAAAAACAUAUCGGAGGAGAAGAAGAGAGACAGAAAGAGAUUGAAAGAGAGAAUGAAGAACAACUAUUUAAACAGAAGCAAAUAGAGAUGGAAGAGGAAGAACGAGAAGAAGAGAGACAGAGAGCGAUCGAAGAGAAAGAGAGACAGAGAGAGAUGGGAGAGAAAGAAAGACGACAACAACAAGAGGAGAGAAAGAUAAUGUUUGAGAGAGAUCAAGAAGAAGAAAAUAUAUGGAAACAGAAGCAAAUUGACAUGGAGAAGGAGGGAAGAGAGGGGGAAAACAAGAGACAGAGAGAGAUAGAAGAGAUAGAAGAGAUACACAGACGACAACAACAAGAGGAGAGACAGAAACAAAAGGAGAAGGAGAAAGAAAGGGAGAAAGACAAUGAGAAUCAGAGAGAGAUGGAAUUAAAAGAUCAGCAACAGAAAGAGAUGGAGAAAGAAAAGAUGAUUAUGAGAGAAAGGGAGGAAGCAGGAAGAAGAAAGGAGGGGCAGAAAAAUAUUUUUGGGGAAAUUGAGGGACAGAAUGAACUGGAGAUAGAACAGGAGAGAGAGAUGGAAGAAAAGCAGGAAGUGAUUAAGGAAGCAGAGGAAGAGUACAGGGAAAGAGAAGAGAGAGGAAAGGAAGUAAGCAUGAAGAAACAUGUAGUAGUUAAUGUUAAAGCAAAAGCACGGGAAGUCUUCAAUAGGCGUAAAGAGAGGAGGUUAGAAGUGUUGAAGGGGGAAAGAGAACACAUAGAAAGAGGACAACAAAUCAGGAGGGAGAAGGAGGAAAGACGGCUGGAGAUGGAAAGAAAACAGGAGAGGGCAAGACAACAAGAGGAGCAGGAUAGAAAACAAGAGAUUGAAAUUGCUAGACAGAAAGAAAUGUUGAGACUAAGAGAGGAGGAGAGGCAGAGAGAGGAGGAGAGAGAGGAGCAGAGAAAGAAAGCCAUUAAAUGCCAUUUAUCUUUAAUCAGAGAGAGAGAAAAUAUAAUAGAGGCAAAAAAAAGAAAGGAGAUGGUGGAAGAGGAAAGAAGGGAGAUCCUUGAGUACAAGAGGGGUGAGUUAGAGGAGGAGGAGAAGGAAGAUGACAAGGAGGACAUUCUCCCACCUGAUAAAAGUAUCAGAAGGAGAGCUGUGGGCUGGGUGAAUAAAACAUGGGAGAAGAGGAACCUCAGAAAGAUAGAGAGAACGUAUCAGAGAGAGGCUGAGGAGGGCCAUAAGAUCGUCCACAUAGGUAAGACCUGUUUUCCCUCUACUUAUGACAUCAUCCUCUUUAGUCUCCUCUACACACAUAAGUUCCACACCAGUCAUCAUGUUGCAUCAUUGUUUCAAUAUAAAACUACUGUCCAAAGAAUAUGUUAGCUGACAUGGCUCAUUGAGUGACUGACUGACAUAACAAGAAAAAUACUGCUGAUAACAACCACGUUUUUAAAUGGUACCUUGUGUCAUCUACUAGUCUAACUCUCAAGACUAAGUAAAGAACCAGAAAGAGUUCCUAAAAAACACACACAAAAACGUGUUUUGGGGGGAUCCGGGGGCUACUAGUGGCCAUGGGGCCCUAAGCGAUCACAUAUGCCCUGGCACUAUACAAAGAAUAGGUGCCAUUCUGGACUCAUGUUCAACUUAGGGCCAGGACAAUUCGGGAUGGGAAUUAUUGCACUUUAUUGACACAUUCCAUGCCUUGCUCAACUGAAAAGAGUAAAGAAUCAUUGAGAUCCAAUUGUGUUUUCUAUUCUUCAUUCCCUGUGUCCAUUACAUUUAAGUUGAUACCAGAUCCACUAAGUUGAAUGUAAACUCUACUUCUUCUCCCCUCCCAGCCAUCCCUGGACACACAAGGCUAACAUCCACCAUGACCCGGGCAGAGAGAGAGAGGGAGAAGAGGAAGGAGCUGCUGAAGGCUGAGGAGAGAAGGAAGAAGAUGGAGGAUUUCAAUAAGCAGUGGAGAGAGCGGUCCCUGCUUAAAAAACACACGCAUCAACAACUGAAGGAGGAGAGGGAGAGGAUGAAGGAAAACUACCUGGAUCAGAUGAAUCUGGAGGCUGAUGCUCAAAUCAACACCCGGUGUCUAACCACCCAACACAGCCACGAUUACAACCACGGUCAGGAGUUGCCCUGGUGGGCCACAGGCCAACAAGUAAGCCAAGAGCCCACUGGAUCUGCUGAUGGCCACCAGGAAAGGCCAAGGAGGCAACAGGCAUGGGCAGACAACCAGGAGGGGAGUUCAGAGAACCAGCAGGAGGGGCCAGAGAACCAUCAGGGGGCCAGACAGCCAGCAGCUAGAAGCUCCAGAAGAGGCUGAAACAUCAGAGCCAAUCUCCAACACAAAGACAAAGAAAAAGCCAAG